UCCACGACAUAAUGGUCGUCAUGAAAAAAGUGAAAGCAGAAUUUAGGAUAUAGUUGAAAUUCACGUUAUCGAGUGCUUGCUACUGUAAAUCUAACGUUGGCAGUAAUAAUGACAUCUGCUUGGGGAUCUGGCCUACAAUGCUAGAUAGAAAUACCUAGGAUAUCGCCAAAACAUCACCGGUUUCCGUAAGAGACUAUAUCUAGUAUAUUACUCAUGUACAAGGAAAAUUAAGUCAUGGCAGGUCAGAUUUCCAGAGAAUAUGUGAGCGUUCUUAUCCCAAGAACAAGAGAUUCAAGAAUUCUUCUUGUGAAUUUAGAGGAAAAGGGCAUGUGGAUGCCAACGACUCUUCGGCAGGAUGCUGACACAUUUCAAACAGUUGCCAGUAAACUUAUAACAGAGGCCACUGGACAGGACCUGGGUCAGUGUAAGGGGAUCAUUAAGAUGAACUUCUACCACUUCAGCGGCUCUCCCACUGUCACACACUUCAUAUUUCUGUCCAAGCCUUUGGAGAACUGUGAAACAUGCUGUGAUGAUGCCCUGUGGUGUAAUGUGGAAGAGAUGGAACAGCAGUUGCAGGCUGAGCCAGGACUUCUGGGAUUGGAGCCAAUUAAUCUGGCUAAACACCUCAAUGGGGAGACCCUGCAAAUGAAUGCCCUGAGUGAGAUGGGCGUGGACUACAUAGACACAGAGAAGGAAGACUCCUCCCAGCUCUCAGCCCAGGAGGCUGUGGUCAAGUCAGCCAAACUGGGCAAGAAAGAACAAGAACUUCUCUAUUAUGAGUUCAUGGACUGGUGCUUGCCCUGUUCAAUGAUGAACAAAACUGUCUUCAAGGAAUACAUUGUUCACAAAGGGGCAAAGGCUGAGCAAGUCGAAGCCCUAUUCAGGUCUUUUGAUUUCCACAAGAAGAACGUCUUACAGUUUAAGGAUAUCCUGGUCGGAUUAGCAGCAUUAGAGCCAUCAACUCAACAUGGUGGAAUGCCAGCAGAAGUGAGAUGCAGAUAUAUCUUUAGGUUCUAUGAUCAAAACAUGGACGGUUUUCUGCAGUUUGAGGAAUUCAAAUGUAUGGUCAGAGAUAUUCGGAAAAUCAAAGGUCUAUCCCUGGAUGACGAUUCUGUCACUGAAGAUGCUCAGAAAAGUGCAAAAUUAUUUGGAAACGAGACAAAGAACAAGCUUCCCCUGGGGGAGUUUUUGACCGCUGUCGGACAGCUGAAGUUCCGAGGGACAUCUGUUCUGUUCAGAUUGCCCCAGUCCUGUGUGGCCUUGCUUAAAGGGUCAGUAAGAGCUGAAAACAGUGCAAAUCAAAAUGGAGAAACUAUGGAACCACCUUUGAAGAGAUGUCGGCCAAAGCUCUUGGAUUCUGUCAAAUCUCCUCCAAGGAAAUUGAAUGCCACAGAUACAGAAAUGGAGGUAUUCAAGCUUCCUGAGGGGAGGCCUUUAUCGGCUGGGAGGUUCGUCACCCACAUCAGAUACGAACUAGCCACACACACUGUCAAAGUCCGGCGAACAGGAGUGUUGUCUGAUGUAGUCAAACUAUGGGAUCUACAAGGAACAUCUGCUGUGACAGAAAGUGCUGCCUGUCAUUUAGAGGGAGACAUUUCAAGAUUUCAGAGAAUGCCAUCUAUAGAUUCAUUCAAUGCAAAAUCUCAUCCCAAUGAAAUGCUGACUGGUCUGAGGUAUUUUGAGAGAGCUAUCAAAGGAGAUAAUGGGGGCCCAGCAAAGCCUGGCUUUGACUGGGGACAGGUGGACACCAAUGCCCUUGCCAAGUGUCUCCUGACCUUGUGUAGAGAGCUCAAGGACACCUUGUGUCUGGAGCCGCGAUUGGUCAAACUGAAAUCCCCUGUGUACAUUCUUGGGGAUAUCCAUGGCAACUACAGAGAUUUGGUCUGUUUUGAGAAGGCUCUGUGGAGGAUGGGGCCCCUGCUGACUCCAGCUUCCUUCCUGUUCCUGGGGGACUAUGUAGACAGAGGGGAGUAUGGAAUAGAGGUCAUUUCUUACCUGUUUGCACAGAAAAUGCUAGCUCAAAAUAAAUUUUAUCUGCUGAGAGGAAACCAUGAACUGAGGUCGGUCCAGGAAAUGUUUUCUUUUAAAAAUGAAUGUGUUCAGAAGUUUGGGGAGUCAGUUGGACUCCAGGUUUGGGAAGCUGUCAAUGAAUGUUUUGAUGCCAUGCCAAUAGCUGCCACAGUGGAUGAUAAAAUAUUCUGUGUUCAUGGUGGAAUCCCCUGCUCGGAUUUAAACAUUGAGAACAUUAACAAGAUCCCGGUGCCCCUGAAGGACCCAGAGUUAGAAAGUCCCUUGGCAUGGGAAAUCAUGUGGAGUGAUCCUGUCAGCAUGGAUCUGAUGACACCAGAAAAUAUUAAAGACUUGAAGGAACACAAUGGAUUCAUUUACAACACUAGACGAGGGACUGCCUAUUUCUUCAGUUGUGAGGCACUAAUGGCUUUUCUGGACAAAAACGGACUCUCACAUGUCAUUAGAGCACAUGAAGUUCAGGAAAAUGGAUUUCAGGUACAACAACAAGGUCGGCUGAUGACAGUUUUCUCCUCCUCCCACUAUUGUGGAGGAUCUAACGAGGCGGCGUGUGUAUUGGCUGACAAUUACAAGCUCAGAAUGAUCAGGAUUGACACCACGUGAAGUUAUUUAUAAGCAGAGUACUGUCCCCGAACUUACCCUGUGUGUGACUUACAAACCCAGCAUUCAAUUGAUACUCCCAGAAUUCAUUGAGCUUAGAGUCGGUGAUCUCAACGACAGGCAGCUGUGUAAUAGAACACCCGCAAUGGCAGAGAGGCGAAUUUCCAUUUGUGUAUUUUUUUAAAUGAAAACAGAGAAUUCUGCUUGUGUUUUAUUUUUAAAUAACAUUGUGGCAUACAUUGAAAACAUUUUAUCGUAAUCGCAAACAUUCCUGUUGUUAAAUACAUGUAAAUUAAUGUUUGUGUAAAUAUUUUAUCUACAUGUACAUUUUUUAAAGAUUUGUUGAUAUUAACUCAAGGUAUUGUAAAUUCCUUUGGCAAUCUGAGCUGAUUUCAUUAUUAGUUUUCUUUUUUUUUAUUUUGUCAACUUAAGAUUUUAAGGAACAUACCAGUAAAUGUAUGUAUUAUCUAUAGGUAUAUCCAUGGUUUUAUUUUAUUCAGUAUAUUUUGUCAAUUACUUGUAUGUUAUUGACGAAUUAAUGAAUUUUAUUUUACAAGUACAUGUAUUUGACAUGACAGAGUCCAAAGUAUUGAACAUGCAUUUAUUUAUUGGGUAGGAAUUGAGAUUAUGUUACUGUAGAUUCUUAAUUUGAUGUGAAGAAUUAAUAUCCGCGUAAAACUGCGAAAAGCACAUCUCGCAGAUUUUAAAAUCAAGCUUUUAUUUUUCGAAGAGAUGUUAACAAACUGUAACUUUGAUUAGAAAUCUGUGUUUGCGAUUUUAUAUUCUCACGAUUUGAUUCAAAACGGUUAAAUCACGGAAUUAAAUACUCACGUAAAAUAAGGAAUCUACAGUAUUCGUGUUUCAUACACGAUAUUGUGUUUUCAACAGAUUUACCUGUUAGGUGCUUCUAAUAAGUGAAGACAUCACACAUUUGCAUGGAAUUCAAAUACCAAUGUUUUCAUUCUUUGGUCUUCUGAUUUUAUAUAUACAUGUACCAAAUAAAUCUUAAGACCUUUUAGGGCUAUAUAUACAGGUAAAUUUAGGGCUAAAAAUGGUCCCCAUAAAUAAACAUUAAUUAUCAUAUUAGGUAAACUCUGUACAGAUUUACAUGUAUAUAGGCCCAUAUGUAAUUUAUUUAUGGUUUUAUGUUUGGGUAAUAUUAUACUUGUAUAUUUUCAAGCAUAUUUCAAUCCAGAAAACAUUAAAAGCACUUGAUCAAUCAGAUUUUUAUAUUUCAUUGACUACCAGGUAAUCACACACC